GGAGAACAUAAUCUAAACAAAUUAAAUUCAUAAUUUAGUCAACAAUAGAAUUGUAUUGCAAUGUGGUCGCAUACAGCAUUGGUGCUUGCAGUGUUGGUUGGUGUUGCAUUCAGCGCAUCGCAAUAUGGACAAUUCCAAGACCAACCAUCAGUAAAUGAGCUUUUAAGCUAUCAAGAUUUCCACUUCACUCGUUUACAUAAGCGAUCUCCUCACGGUGAUGCACCUUCAGGACCCGAAAGAAUAUUUCCAGGCGAUAGAGACCCACCAGAUCACCACCAUCAACCACCAGGAUAUGAACCACCUGGACACAGACUACCUAGAGGACAAGGACCGCCACGCGGACACGGACCACCUGAGAGGCAAGAGCCACCACCUGAGUAUGAACCGCCAGAGAGGCAAGAGCCACCACGUGGCCAUGGACCACCUGAGAAGCGAGGGCCUCCGCGUGGUCACGGACCACCUGACAAUCGUGGACCACCUAAGAAGCGAGGGCCUCCGCAUGAUCACGGACCGCCUGACAAUCGUGGACCACCUGAGAAGCGAGGGCCGCCACCAGGCCACGGACAGCCUGGCACACGUGGACCGCCAGACGGGCGAGGACCGCCACGUGAUCACAGACCGCCUGAGUGGGAAGGUCCGCCAAGAGGUAAUAGAGAUGGACCAUCAGAUACACAUAGACCACCUGAAAGGCAAGGUCCGCCGUAUGGACACGGGCCACCUGACAAACAUGGGCCCCCUGGUAAACACGAGCCUGAAGUAUACGAAUACCCAGAUAGACAACGAAAACCUACAGAAAAUGGACAACCUGGGGAAGCACCACCUAAUAAUAGACAUGAAAUAGCUGCUGACUACCGCGAUGAUCCAUUUAACCGUGAAUCGGAUUCACCUAAAUAUCUAUCAACUAAUAAUGACAAAUAUUUCCAAGUACCUAAUUCAAAUGCAAAUAGUCAAACAAAUCACAGAGGCGGCCAAAUUCUUAGUAAUUUAGGUACUAAUAUCAAUCACUCGACAAUGGCUAGAACUCAAUCUCCUGACUUAAAUGCUUAUCAAGUUACUGCCGUGACGCCAGAAAGUUGAUUUUGUAAACAAAUCAUUACCUAAAAUUAUUUGCAUUGCUUUGUUGGUAUAAACGAUUGUAAUGACUGUAUGUACAUUGGUGUUGGUAUUUCAAUUUUCUGUACGUACAACUAACAAUUUUUAGGUUAAAUGCAGAAUAGGUUUAAGUCCUGGUUCUUAAAUAAAACCCAGAUUUAUUA